AUGUCCAAGUUAAACGAAUUAGUGACUUCGGAACAUCUCAAACAAUUCGAUCAACACGGCUAUUUCAUUCUUUCAUCAGUCAUUCCUGUUGAACAUCUAACAAUCAUGAACAAUGCCAUUGAUCGAGCAAUCAAGAAACGAGAUGAAAAGAUGCAUCAGAUGAUCAAUAGUAACAAUACAACACCAGAAGAUGAUGGAUUAAUAUUGUGUUCAACCGAUGGAAAUAAAUAUAUGGAACAAAUUGUUCGAGCUGUAUUAGGUGAGAAUGUCUAUUAUACUCAUUCGGAAAUCGUUGUCAAACGUGGGCAAGGAAAGAACGAUUCUUCGAAAAGAACUGCUUUCGCUUGGCAUCAAGAUAGUGGUUAUGUUCCGUAUGAACAUACUCCUUAUCUUAGUUGUUGGUGUGCAUUGACGGAGAUGACAUCGAACAAUGGAACCAUCUCGGUUCUACCAGCGGAAAGAAAUCCUUCCGCUGAUGAAAAUCACAAAAUUCGUUGGUUUGGAAAAGCACGCCCUUCAUCUGAAACGAAAUUUCCUUCUUAUGCACAUCGUCCAGAUGAUUCCAGUCCAGAUCUACUUGGAUAUUUUGGAAAUGAUCCCGGUGUUGAAGUUGUUUGUCCAGCUGGAAGCAUUGUUGUCUUUUCCAGUCUGACACUCCAUUGUUCCUCACCCAAUCGAAGUGAUUCUCUUCGUUCAGCAUACAAUGUUCAAUAUGCACCUGUGCCAUUGAUGAGUGAAGAUCAAAAAUCUUUUCGACAUAAAGCAGAUCCAUUUAUUAUUCAAUCGAAAACUGACGAAGAACUGAAGAAAUGGCAAUUGUAA